AUGCGUGGUCAUUUUAAUGGCUUGAAAGCUAAAAUCUUGGAAGAAAAUAAUUCAGCAUAUUACAUUCAUUGUUUUGUUCACCAACUUCAGUUGGUUGUUGUAGCAGUUGCGAAAAAACACUUAGGUGUUGUGAACUUCUUUGAGAUGUUAUCACUUGUGACAAAUGUGGUUUGUGCUUCUUGCAAGCGAAAAGAUAUGCUUUUAGAUGCUGAAAAGGAAAGAGUGGAGAAGGCCAUCGGCAAUGAUGAAGUUGAAACUGGAAGCGGAAAAAACCAAGAACUUUCUCUUAUACAACCCGGAGAUACAAGAUGGAGUUCUCAUUACAAAACUAUUUUGCGCCUCAUUGACGUGUUUUCAUCGGUAAUUAAGGUACUUGAGUUUGUUGAAGAGGAAGGCACCAACGGUUCUACCCAAAACAAAGCAACAGGUCUUCUAACUUAUUUUGGAUCAUUUGAUUUUGUGUUUCAUUUGCAAUUGAUGAAGCACAUAUUAGGUCUCACAAAUUGUUUGUCACAAGCUCUUCAAAGAAAGGAUCAAGAUAUAUUGGAAGCGGUUGACUUGGUGAAAUCAGUCAUGAGAGAUUUGAAUGAAUAUAGGAUAAAAGGGUUUGGUUCACUUCUAAAGAAAAUAUCUGCUUUCUGUGAAAAACAUGAUAUUCCAAUGGUGAAUAUGAAGGAAACAUAUGUUAAUCCAAAAGGCAAAAGACAAAAGACCAGAAUCACUAAUCAACAUUAUUAUGAGUUUGAUUGUUUUAAUACUAUUGUUGAUAUGCAAGUUCGAGAGUUUGGUGAUCGCUUUAGUGAGGUAAGCACUGAGUUAAUUGCAAACAUGGCUGCUUUGAACCCGCAUAACUCAUUUUUUGACUUUGAUGCAUCUAAGUUAGUAAAACUGAGUGAGUUUUAUCCGAAUAAUUUUAAUAGCGUGGAAAGAAGCCAACGUGAAGAUCAGCUUCACUUGUACUAUGCCAAUGUCUCAAAAGAUGAAAGAUUUGCCAACUUGAAUGGUAUUGCUGACCUUGCUAAAGAGAUGGUGAAAACGAGAAAACAUCUUUCCUACCAUUUGGUCUACCGAUUGUUAAAGCUAGCACUAGUCUUGCCCGUUGCAACAGCAACAGUUGAGAGAUGCUUUUCUUCCAUGAAACUUGUGAAAUCAGAUUUGCGCAACCGAAUUGGUGAAGAGUUUUUGAACUCUUGUGUAAUUUGUGCUGUAGAAAAAGAAGUACUUGAUAGUGUUAAAAUUGAAGAUGUAAUGACCCGCUUCCACAAGUUAGGAAAGCGUAGAGGAUUUAUGCUGCUGAAUUGCUUUUCUUUGCUGUUGUUAUUUGCUGGAAUUUUUCUGUUUAAAGCUAUUUUUUUAACUGUUAUUUUGCUACUGUUAUUUGCUGAAUUUCGUGGUUGGUUUGAGGCUAUUGGGUUACAAUUUGACAGCUUUUUGCCAUUGUUUAAUAGCCGUUAUGUCGUUCAUCCGCCAUCAAGUAAGUUUUUUAUGCCUCCACUUAGACAAAUUCCUAGAUCCGCCUCUGCUUUAAAGUAUACAUGA